CCCAGGAAAGUGUAUGAAAGGAAGGAAUUUUCAUCAGCGUCUCCCACCCCCGUUCUUUUUCCCUCAGUUCCUAGCACCCAGGGAGGGGCUUGAGGGAGUUCAUGACCUCCCAUACGAGGGGCCCAUGUUUGUGGGUCAUGUAAGGUUUCUCACAGGGGUAUUUGACCUAAGAAGUGUAAGGACCUUGACCUUCCAUGAUCGGUCCCUGGUUGGUGGCAGGAUUUGAAUUAUAGUCUGUGAGUCCCAGGUUGCCCCCCCACAAGAGGAGUCACAGGCUCCGACGGGGUCUCAGGAGUGGGAGGGUCUUUCCUGGGGACAGUGAGGCAGGGUUCACCUGGGGUCACCUUCUUGGGCUCCUCCAGAGUGAUCAUUUACCCCUCAUGGCAAAGCCUUGGGUCCUGGGGCCUCACCCCCAGCUGGGGCUUCUGUCUCUGCUACUCUUUCCCCUUCACCCACAGACCCAUGUGUGCACCUCCCCUGCUUUCACAAGAAAUUCUUUAUCCCUUGGCCCCUAGAGACCUGUGGCAGCUCAGCUGGGCCCUCAGUUUCAGUGUGGGGGUGGAGACGGCACACCUGAGCUGGGGGGGGGUGUUUCUAGGCCGUUGCCAGGGUGAUGCUACCUGAGCUGGCCUCCAGGCACCUGUCGCCCAGGGAACAGUGCGGGCGGGGCCCCUCCCUUGAGAGCCGCCGGGGCCACCGGGCUGAGACUGAAGACAGAUCGGGUUCCUGGGGCGGGCAGGGGGACGAGAGCGGGGUUGGGGGUGUGCGAUACUGGGGGAUCCGGGUGUGUUGGCAACGCGGAAUGAAACGCCUACAGGGAGGAGUUGCUGGGGGAAGGGGCGGUGGCGUGAACCUCUACUUCUCUUUGCUCAGCCUGCUGGAGCUCCAUUCCCCGUCCUACUCCUUGCUCCCCAGCUGGCCUGUCUGUCCUUUCCCUUGUCCCUGCAUUCUCACAGGCACGGAGGUUCUUCCUUCCCCAUUCCGGUCACAGUACCCCCUCCCAGGCUCCCCAACCCACCCCUUGCUCUGCCCGCUGCCUGUAGCUCCCGCUUUCCCCAGUCUUUCCCCAGUCUCGGCUCCGCUGCCCCUCGCCUGCCUCCACCUCAAAACCCCGCCUGCACCUGGGAGCCGGCUGAGUCCCCAGGUGACACCCACAGACGGUGCGCUGCUGCGCCGGCGGGACAAGGCUCUGCUCAGCCUGCAGGUGGGUCCGGAGGGUCUUUGCAAGCUGGGUCACAGGGGCAGCGGCCAAUAGGACCCUCGAGAGAACGCCGCUACUCAGCUGAGGGCUGUGAGACUGAUCUGUGCGUGUCCGGGUCAGAGAGAGGUGCUUUGCAAGAGGCCCACGGAUGUGAGGGACGGUCCUGGCCAAGGCCACUGACUUCCCCACGUCCUGGGCACUGAGACCCCCACCCAGUGGCAACGGACCCACCCCUGGGAGUCAACCAGACCGUCUAGGGUUAAGAAGACCUGAGCGGACAAGAUGGCUUCAACUGGCCUUGAACUCCUGGGUAUGACCCUGGCCGUGCUGGGCUGGCUGGGCACCCUGGUGUCGUGUGCCUUGCCCCUGUGGAAGGUGACCGCCUUCAUCGGCAACAGCAUCGUGGUGGCCCAGGUGGUGUGGGAGGGGCUGUGGAUGUCCUGCGUGGUGCAGAGCACCGGCCAGAUGCAGUGCAAGGUCUACGACUCCCUGCUGGCGCUACCCCAGGACCUGCAGGCCGCCCGCGCCCUCUGCAUCGUUGCCCUCCUGCUGGCCCUGCUUGGGCUGCUGGUGGCCAUCACAGGGGCCCAAUGCACCACGUGCGUGGAGGACGAAGGCGCCAAGGCCCGCAUCGUGCUCACCGCAGGGGUCCUCCUCUUCCUCUCAGGCAUCCUGGUGCUCAUCCCUGUCUGCUGGACGGCUCACGCCAUCAUCCAGGACUUCUACAACCCCCUGGUGGCCGAGGCCCUCAAGCGGGAGCUGGGGGCCUCCCUCUACCUGGGCUGGGCCGCUGCUGCCCUGCUCAUGCUUGGGGGGGGCCUCCUCUGCUGCACGUGCCCUCCACCCCAGAUCGAGCGGCCAAGAGGACCAAGGCUGGGUUACUCCAUCCCCUCCCGCUCAGGGGCAUCUGGACUGGACAAGAGGGACUAUGUAUGACGUGGAAAGUGUCCCUGGAAACCCGCAGCUCAGAACCUUGACCUUGCCCCCACUGCCAACACCACCCGAAGCAAAACCCCUUUCCCAGAAGCUCCAAUCAGGGCUGGCUAUGGAGUGGGGUCCCUACAGGUCCUUCUCCUACCUCGCCCUCCAGGCAAAGCCAGAGCUGAUGGGGUGUGCCCUCCUGUUCCCCCAACCCCCCCGCUUCGCUUCCCCCCCCACCCCCGGACGAACUGCUCACUUCUUUGGUCCACAGAUUAGGCUGGCCAUCCUCUUCCUCUGAGGCUACCCCUGGCCUAGGAAUUUGGGCUUCACCCAAAGGGCAGAAGGUCCUUGGCUCCAAAAUAAGGAGGGGAUCCCUGCCUGGGGUGGGUCCUCCCCAGCCUGGCCACCACCUGAAUCCAGAGGUCCAGGCCAGGAGCCCCAGCCAAUCACCCCACCCGCUAUGCCCACCUGCCAGUGGGGGAAUAAAC